AUGAAAACUUUCAAAAGAAGUUGUAAGUUUGAAGGAAUAUAUAUAUUCCACUUAUUUAAUAAAGUCUUUUUAUUUGGAACAUUGUUGUUUAUAUUCAGGAGUACAAUAGAAUGGAAUUAUAACGAACAUGAAAAUAGCGAAUUUUCAGAAGUAAUGCGAUAUAAAAGAAACUUAUCAUAUUCCACAGAAGGUAUACACUUGUACAAUGAAGGAUACUUCCAUGGGGGAGAUGCGAAAUUAGAAAAUAAUAAUAUAUCCUCAGAGUUUGGAAUUAAUAUAUUCCCUGAAUAUUAUGAUAUAGACAAUAUAGAAUAUCCCUACGAUAUAAAAAAUAAACAAGUAUUAAAAAAUAUUGAUACAAACUAUGGAGACAUACAAAGAAUAACAAAUUUAGAUUCUUUAAAAACAAAUAGUUAUAAUAAGAACAAUAAUAAUGGUACAAAAAUUCACGAUUCAAAGAUAUUAUAUGGUUUUCAAAAAGAAAAACAAUCAGAACUCAAACCAAUAAUAGAAGAUAAAAAGGUUCUUUCUGAUAAUAAAAUUAAAUUGAAUAAUAAAAAAGUGAAUGGAGAUAUUAGUAUGCAUAAAGAAGUAAAGUUUAUAAACAAAGUUGAUGAUAUUUAUAAUUUUGAUGAAUAUAUUAAAUUAUAUCCUAAUCCAGAUAUGAAUCGAGUCCUUAAUAAAUCGACAUUUCAAAGAAAAGAUGGAAUGACCAUUUUACCUAAAAUAAAGCAUGAUUACACAGAUCAAAAAAAUGUUUCCAUAGAAACAAUACCACAAAUUGUUGAAAAGAGAGAAAAUAAAAAAGAGGAAACUAACGAUAAGCUAAAGAAUAUUCCGCGCAGUGAUCAUGGUUUAAAUAAAUUAAAUACAAAUAAGAAGAAGAAGGAAAAGGGCAUACAUAAUAAAACAAUAAUCUCCAAUUUAAAUCAAAUAAAAAAUGGUUUUGACCUAAUUAAUUCUUUAACAAAAAAACGACCCAAAAAUAAAAAUAAGCCAACAGCGAAUGUAAAAAUACUUGACCAAAAAAAAUUAAAAAAUAAAGCACAAAUAGCGAUUCGCGAAAAAUUAAAAGAAAAAGUAAAACCAAAAGAACAAGAAUUAAAAGAGAAAAUAAAAAUACAAGAAAAAAAAAAAGAAAAAGAAAAGGGAAAGGGAAAAGUGAAAAAGCAACCUUUUUAUAGAGUAAUAUUAGAUAAAAUAAAAAAAAAAAUUGAGUCAAAUUAUAUUCGAGGAAUAGCAAAUGCUUUUAUAAUAUUAAUUUUUUCAUAUUUUAUUGUUAUGUUAUUGAUAUUAUAUUUUAUUUUAAAUGCAAUACGUCCAAAAAUAUAUAAUAACACUGUUUCCCAUAGAGGAUCACGAUUAUAA